AUGCAUCCAGCGGUAAGCAUAGUGGCGGUUGCAGUGUCUACGUUCUUUCUUAUCCUUGCGCUGGCCAUCCCUAAGUGGCCUUGUGGAGGUAACAUUUUCGACUUCUGCAGCAAGAUUGGAGGCUCACUUGGGAAUCACUACCUGGCCAUCGGCGUACUACUCACAAUAGCAGUUUUACUGUUCUUCGUGGUGCUUGUUAUCCACCUCGUUGUAAUGUUUGUAUCCGCGCCCCCUUGGGUCAACAUCAUGGCCGCUGUCACCUCCAUCGUCGCAUCAAUCUUUGCAAUUGCAGCGGUCCUUCUUUACACCGAUAAGGCCAGUGUCUCUUGGAGUCCCUUCUUGGCUAUUGUGGGCACUACUGUGGGUAUCCAAAUCACCGUCAUGCUCAUUCUAGCCCUCAUUUUUAAGUAG